AUGUCUGAUCAGGGUGAGCUGUACGAGAAGUGUUGGAUUCUGUAUCACAUCCUAGACAGGUCUUCAGGAAGCCGGGAGACAGUGGCUGUCAGGCAGAGAACGAUAGUGGUGGCGGAACAACUUCAAAAUGCUAGAGGAAGUAUACAAGAAUUUGUGUUAACGGGAAGUAGGUCAGAAGGAAUGAGUUUUUUUGGAUCGGACAACGACUGGAUGCUUAUUGAUACAAAUGCUGUAGUUUUGUGUCCAGAUCAGGAUAUCAGUAAUCAACUAGACACCGUAAAUAAAUUAGUUUUAAUGAUGAGAAAGGCUAGAUGCCGACCUGGUUAUGUAAACCUGGAACUACUUCAUCAGGGGCAGUUUGAUCCAUCUAUUGUUGCAGUAGGUGAUUCACAAUUCAUAUCAAGUGAAAUAUACAAACGGAUACAAAUUGAUAUAGCGAGUCAUAUGGUACAGUUAGAUAUGGAGGGUCAUGGCCCAGCAGUUAAAAUAAAGCAUGAAUACAGUUACAAAUCAUCGGAUAUGGAUGUUGUAUUUUCCUUACCUUGUUAUGAUUGGCCAAGCGAAGCUAAUGAGUGAAUGAAUAGGCCACGCCUACAUGACUGGCCAAAUAAAAAUUUGAGAGAUCAGAUAGUACAAGGUGGCUGUCAUCUAGUCCCUGUGGGGGAUAAAACGUCUGCUGCUGACCAAUCCCUACAGUGGAGGAUAUCAUUCACGACUGCGGAAAGGAAACUUUUUCAUUCUUUAACUCAUGUCCAGUUUUUAGUAUAUGGACUUCUUAAGUACUUCAUGAAACAGAUAUCUGGAACAUUAGAACAAAUGCUAGAUGAAACAGAUAUUCUGUCUUCCUAUAUUAUAAAAACAAUUAUAUUAUAUGCAGUAGAAGGCACAAGUGAAUCAUUUUGGCAGGAAAAACAUACGUUCCUAUGUUUUAUGUUUUGUUUGAAGAUGUUGGUCAAUUGGGUGAAAGCAGGACAUUGUCCAAAUUACUUUAUUAAGACAAAUAAUAUGUUUCUUGGUAAAGUUCAUGGUCAAAAUCAACAGAAACUUCUUCGUUAUCUCACUGAUCUCAAUGGUAUGAACUGGAAAUGUCUUUCAGUUGGAACAGUCAUACAACCAACCAUAGGAGAGCGUAUCAGUAGUGUGAGGAAUGGAGUAUGGGAAUAUGUUCUACCUCCACCAACAUAUUCAGAAUGUGAACGUGACGAAGCAUUAUUAAGCAGUGCUGUAUUUCGUUAUAUCAGGGUUUCUCCUGAUAUUAUCUCGUCGUUGGAACUACUUUCAGCAUCAAAGUCGGACAUAGAUGAAUUCAUUGGCUACUGCGCUACUGGUCAGUCACUAUCUGGUAAAGCGAUGAAGAUAUUCGGUGAACACAUCAAUGCUAGAGGAAAUAAAGAGAAGUACAAAUCUCUUAGGAAAUGCAAGAACCUACUAAGACCAUUUUCAACAAUGUUUACAAGUACAGGCCUACUUGGUUUGGCAACAUAUUACUAUCAGACUGGGAACUUCAUGAAGACACUGGAAAUGUGUGAUCACAUGACGUCGUCACCCAAACAUUAUCUUGAUGGUAUCAUAGACUGUAAGGAGGAUUGGAACAGGUAUGAACAGCGCUAUUGUGGACGUGGGUACAACCUACUGCAAAAAUGUCAGGUAUUUGUAACAGAUAUGACGUUCAAUCAUCACACUUUACAGUUCUGUCCAUCCCAAUUACAACAGGUGAUCACAAGUAACCGUGAAAUCCUUCCACCACACCUGCUACAGUCCUGCCCACCCCAGUUUCUACAGGUGUUGAAACAUUUCCGUGACUAUCUUAUUCCAUUCUUAGUUCCACCCCUCCCUUACGCUGUUUUCCUGUCUUUUCUGUGUUACCAUGAACUGGGAGACUCUAGGAGACGUGACACAGCAUUGAUUCAUCUUCAGACCGUAAAGUUUGACGUGAGACAGGGAGUCGGUGGACACUGGAUAGUACACAAUCUCUUGGGGAUCUGCUAUGAAACGGUUGGAGACACACAUAGGGCUCUCAGGGAAUAUAGGGAAUCACUUGGUGUUCGAUCAUACACUCAAUAUAUGAACCCUGCCAGGGAGUUGAUAGAACGUUUACAACACGUACAUUAA